CCGCUUUCAGCCCCUCGGGCGCCCCGGUCCCUCCUACUCCCCGGCGCUCCCGGCGCCACCAUGCCAAGGGGCUUCCUAGUGAAGCGAAUUAAACGGACAGGCGGCUCCUACCGAGCACGCCUCGCCGAGCGCGUCUUCCCCCUACCGGGGCCCCAGGUGGCGCCUUCCUUCCCCGAGGACAUUUCCAGAGCACCCCCGUCCCGUACGGAACCGGCGGCGCCCUCUACUCGAGAGGAGCCCGGAGAAGGGCCCGAGGACCCGGCGGCGGCGGCGGCGGCCCGCGAAUGGUCGGGCUCGCUCUGUCGGGCGGCGGGGGUGAGCCCCGGGUCGGGCGCGCGGGCCGGCGCGGAGUGGAGGGGCGACGGCACGGAGGGUGCGCCCAGCCGCAGCCCCGCGAAGCCGGCGGGCACCGAGCCGCGCCGGGCGUUCCUGGAGCGCUGCCUCAGCUCGCCCGUCUCGGCCGAGUCCUUCCCCGGGGGCGCCCCCGCGCUCUCCACGUUCUCCGGCUCCGGCUCCGCGGCGCCGAGCGGCUCCCCGAGCUCCGGGGAGACCCUCCCGCGGCCGCCGCGCGCCGAGCCCGCGCUGCACCCUGAGCCCGCGGCCCUGGCCGCCGCUCUGCCCGGCCUGCCGCGGGCCGCCGGCGGUGUCAAGAAGCCCAAGGCUGUGAGGAGGCUGAGCUUCGCCGACGAGGUGACCACGUCCCCCGUCCUGGGACUGAGGAUCAAGGCGGAGGAGCCCGGGGCGGCGGCCCGGGGCCGGGGGUGCAGCCGCGCGCCGCUGGGGGCGUUCAUCUGUCAGCUGUGCAAGGAGCAGUACGCCGACCCCUUGGCGCUGGCGCAGCACCGCUGCUCCCGCAUCGUGCGCGUCGAGUACCGCUGCCCCGAGUGCGACAAGGUCUUCAGCUGCCCGGCCAACCUCGCCUCGCACCGCCGCUGGCACAAGCCGAGGCCCCCGCCUCCUGCCGCCCCGGCGCGUCCCGCCGACGCUAAAACGCUGCCCCCGGCCCCUGGCCCCGGGGUCGCCGCGUUCCCGGCCGACGGCAAGGAGAACGGGCGAGCCGAGCGCCCAGCCGAUCAGCACCUGCGGCCCAGGGACAGCUCCGCCGCCCCGGCUCACCCCAAUGGCGUGGUGCGCCCGGGCCUCCAGCUGUCAUCGCUCCCCGAGCCUCCGCGGCCCCAGGUUCCCUACUCCGAUGGGGUGCUGGGGCGCCGGGCGCAUGGACCGGUCAGUGUCGGCGGUGUCGGCGGCGUCGGUGGCUCCGAGAUCUUCGUGUGCCCCUAUUGCCAUAAAAGCUUCCGCCGCCAGGCCUACCUGCGCAAGCACCUGGGCACGCACGAGCCGGGAGCUCCCCGCGCGCUCGCCACCGGCCUCGCCCGCCCGCCGUGCGGUGCGCCCCUGCCAGCGGCCGACAGCACGGACCCGCACCGGCUGUGGCUCGCCGUCCGCGAUGAGCUGCUGCUGCCCGCCCCGGCAACGGGGCUGCCCAGUCCUGUAGCAGCCCCCGACGGGGCGGUCCCGCAGACCUUCUGCUGCAAGCACUGCCCGUCUACCUUCUUCAGCUCCCCAGGGCUCACCCGCCACAUCAACAAGUGCCACCCCUCCGAGAGCCGGCAGGUGCUGCUGCUGCAGCUGCCCCUGCGGCCGGGCUGCUAAGGGGCCCGGGACACCCAGGCGCUGAUGGGCUCGCCUCGGAGUAAACGCAUCGUGGGAAUCUGGGUGGGGGGUGGUUUUUUCCAACUGGCGGACACACGCUCGUUCCACUUCUAUCCCGAGACUCUCCGUGGUCGUUGUCUGCACCCCCGAGACGCGGCAGCGACCUGUUACCCCUCCCAGUAGAGCAGGUAUGUAUUCGAUCUGCUCCAGGACUUGCGCCUCUCCCACGAAAACAGGAUGUCCCCUCUGCAAGUUCUGGAGACCUAACGAAUCCUAUCCGACUCGUAAUUCCUAUGGAAAAGUCCCAGUGAAUGCGUGCAUGUCCCAGUGUCUACGAAGGAUUCCAGCUGCCUAAAGUGGCAGUCACCGAUGUCCCUUUCCCCUUUUUUCCAUCGCAGGCACCUAAGUGGUUUCUGUCUCAAAAGGGCCAGAUAUCUCGCAUUGUAUAUUCUGUGAAUUAAGUUAAUGUAAUUGGUGCCAAACUUAAAAGUGGGAUGGGAGGUAUUCAAGACCCGUGUCUGUGGACAGGAAAUGUAAAGGAUGCUUGUGCUUUGGGGAGAUAUGGGGUAUGUACCUUUCUUAAUCACAGUAUUAACCCUUCUUUAGUGUUUGGAGGUAGGGACGGUGCUGCUUCACCGGCAGCUGAGAAAGACUCUACUUCUCAUCCUUAGCUAUUUCGUGUGCAGCAUUCAGGAAGCGCUACUUUAACGUACUUC